UCCGGCUUGCGAAUCUCAAGCGGAAAGGAGAGAGGCUUGGUUGUGAUGCCGCUGGGAUGAUGGCUGCGUUUGGGAUCCUUAGUUACGAACAACGACCCUUGAAGCGGCCAAGGCUCGGGCCUCCGGACGUCUAUCCUCAAGACCCAAAGCAAAAAGAGGAUGAAUUGACUGCAUUGAAUGUGAAGCAGGGAUUCAAUAAUCAACCAGCGGUAUCAGGAGAUGAACAUGGCAGUGCAAAGAAUGUCAAUUUCAACCCCUCUAAGAUCAGUUCAAAUUUCAGCAGCAUCAUUGCAGAGAAGCUGCGAUGCAACACAUUCCCAGACACAGGCAAACGGAAGCCACAGGUCAAUCAGAAGGAUAACUUCUGGCUUGUCACAGCUAGGUCUCAGAGCUCAAUCAACAAUUGGUUCACAGACCUGGCAGGAACCAAACCACUCACUCAGCUGGCGAAGAAGGUUCCCAUCUUCAGUAAAAAAGAGGAAGUUUUUGGCUAUUUAGCCAAGUACACAGUGCCAGUGAUGCGAGCCGCAUGGAUGAUUAAAAUGACGUGUGCGUAUCACGCGGCCAUCACAGAGACGAAAGUGAAGAAACGCCAUGUGAUUGACCCUUGCAUCGAGUGGACUCAGAUAAUUACUAAAUACCUGUGGGAACAGCUGCAGAAGGUUGCUGAGUUUUACCGGCAGUCUCCCAACCAGCCGUGCGGCUCCCCUCCCCCGGCCCCCCCUGCUGAGGUGGAGAUGGCCAUGAAGCAGUGGGAGUACAACGAGAAGCUGGCCAUGUUCAUGUUCCAGGAUGGCAUGCUAGACAGACACGAGUUUCUGACGUGGGUCCUGGAGUGUUUUGAGAAGAUCCGACCUGGUGAAGACGAGCUCCUGAAACUCCUGCUGCCUCUCCUGCUCCAGUACUCGGGAGAGUUUGUGCAGUCGGCCUACUUGUCUAGGCGGCUGGCGUACUUCUGCACGCGCCGGCUCAACCUGCUGCUAAGUGACGGCAGCAUGGGGCCCAGCUCUGGAGGGCAUCCCACCCACGGGAUCUCUGCCCAGCCGGGGAACGCUCUGCCCCCGACCCCAACGUCCCAGCCCGCCGGGGGCACCCAGCCCCAGACGCCCUUCACGGACUUCUACAUCUGCCCCCAGCACAGGCCCGUGGUGUUUGGCCUGAGCUGCAUGCUACAGAGCAUCGUGCUGUGCUGCCCCAGUGCCCUGGUGUGGCACUACUCUCUGACCGACAGCCGGAACAAGACGGGCUCUCCUCUGGACCUGCUGCACAUCGCCCCCUCAAACCUGCCCAUGCCAGGGGGCAACACGACCUUCACCCAACAGGUGCGAUCUAAGUUACGUGAGAUUGAGGAUCAAGUUAAGGAGAGAGGCCAAGCGGUAGAGUUUCGAUGGUCGUUUGACAAGUGCCAAGAAACAACAGCAGGUUUUACGAUUGGCCGAGUAUUGCACACUUUAGAGGUCCUUGACAACCACAGCUUUGAGAAGUCGGACUUCAGUAACUCGCUGGACUCGCUCUAUAACCGCAUCUUUGGCUCAGGACAGACCAAAGAUGGCCACGAGAUGACUCCAGACGAUGAUGCAGUGGUCACUCUGCUGUGCGAGUGGGCCGUGGUCAGCAAGCGGUCUGGCCGCCACAGGGCCAUGGUGGUGGCCAAGCUGCUGGAGAAGCGACAGACGGAGAUCGAGGCCGAGCGGUGUGGUGAGUCAGAGGUGGUGGAUGAGAAGGGCUCCGUGUCCUCCGGUUCCCUCUCGGCCGCCACCAUGCCCGUCUUCCAGGAUGUCCUCCUCCAGUUCCUGGACACGCAGGCCCCAAUCCUCACUGAUCCAGGGAAUGAGAGCGAGCGCGUGGAGUUCUCCAAUCUGGUGCUCCUCUUCUGCGAGCUCAUCCGCCACGACGUCUUCUCCCACAACAUCUACAUGUGCACGCUCAUCUCCCGCGGCGACCUGGCCAGCGAGUCACACCUGCCCCGCCCCCGCUCGCCUAGUGACGAGCCGUCGGAUGACUCUGAGCGCAAGGAGCAGGACGCCGGGAGUAGUGUCAAAAUGGAGGAUACUGGCCUAUCUGAAUCGAUGGAGAUAGAUCACAACUCCAGCGCUAAUUUUGACGAGAUGUUCUCUCCUCCCAUGCACGAGUCCAAGGGGAGCCCCUCUCCAGAGAAGCCAGCCCCAGAGCAGGAGGGCAAGAGCGCGGCCAAGGACAAGGGCCUGGACCCGGCCUUCCCCCAGGUGUACGACCAGCCCCGCCACAUCCAGUACGCCACGCACUUCCCCAUUCCACAGGAGGAGAGUGCCAGCCAUGAGUGCAACCAGCGGCUGGUGGUUCUCUACGGCGUUGGGAAGCAGCGUGACGAGGCGCGGCACGCCAUCAAGAAAAUCACCAAAGACAUCCUGAAAGUGCUCAACCGCAAAAGCACUGCCGAGACAGGAGGCGAGGAAGGUCAGAAGAGGAAGAGGAGUAAGACGGAGGCCUUCCCCACUGCAGAGGACAUUUUCUCCAAAUUCCAGCACCUCUCCCACUUUGACCAGCACCAGGUCACCUCUCAGGUGUCCAGGAACGUUAUGGAGCAGAUACAAAGCUUUGCCUCAGCUUUGUCGUAUCACCUGCCCCUGGUCCAGCACAUCCAGUUCAUCUUUGACCUCAUGGAGUACUCACUCAACAUUAGUGGCCUCAUUGACUUUGCCAUUCAGCUGCUGAAUGAGCUUAGUCUGGUGGAAGCGGAGCUGCUGCUGAAGUCCUCCAGCCUGGUGGGCAGCUACACCACUGGGCUGUGCCUGUGCAUCGUGGCCGUGCUGCGCCGCUACCACUCCUGCCUCAUCCUCAACCCUGACCAGACCGCGCAGGUCUUUGAUGGGCUGCGUAUUGUGGUGAAGUCGGGUGUGAACCCAGCGGACUGCUCCUCGGCCGAGCGCUGCAUUCUAGCCUACCUGUACGACCUCUACACCUCCUGCAGUCACCUCAAGAGCAAGUUUGGGGAGAUCUUCAGUGAGUUCUGCUCCAAAGUGAAGAACUCCAUCUACUACAACAUUGACCCCUCCGACUCCAACAUGCUGUGGGAUCAGGCCUUCAUGAUCGAGGCCAUUGCCAACCCCUCGGCCCACAACCUCAACCAUUCCAUGGUUGGACAGCUGCUCAACGACAGUGCCGCCAACCGCUACAGCUUCGUGUGCAACGUGCUGAUGGACGUCUGUGUGGACCACCGCGACCCCGAGAGGGUGAACGACAUUGGCAUCCUGUGUGCAGAGCUGACGGCCUACUGUCGCUCUCUGAGCGCUGAGUGGCUGGGCGUCCUCAAGGCCCUCUGCUGCUCCUCCAACAACGGCAACUGCGGCUUCAACGACCUGCUGUGCAACGUGGAUGUCAGUGACCUGUCCUUCCACGACUCCCUGGCGACUUUCGUCGCCAUUCUGAUCGCCCGGCAAUGUCUCCUCUUGGAAGACCUCGUCCGCUGUGUGGCCAUCCCAUCACUCUUAAACGCAGCUUGCAGUGAACAGGACUCAGAACCGGGCGCUCGGCUCACCUGCAGGAUUCUGCUGCAUCUGUUCAAAACUCCUCUCCGCAACCCCUGCCCACAAGAUGGCAAGUCAGACAAGUCCUCUGUUGGGAUCCGGUCGUCAUGUGAUCGCCAUCUCCUCGCAGCAUCACAGAACAGCAUUGUGGUUGGAGCGGUCUUUGCUGUGCUGAAGGCUGUCUUCAUGCUAGGUGAUGCUGAACUAAAAGGCUCUGGGUUCUCACACCCCGCCGGUCUGGACGACAUCGGAGAUGACGACAUUGGCUCCAAGAAAUCCGGCGGGCGAAAUGUCUCCAUAGAGACAGCCAGCCUAGAUGUGUACGCCAAGUACGUGCUGAAGAGUAUUUGUCAACAGGAGUGGGUUGGAGAGCGCUGUCUGAAGUCCCUGUCUGAGGACAGCAGUGCGCUGCAGGACCCCGUGCUGGUCAACAUCCAGGCUCAGCGGCUCCUGCAGCUCAUCUGCUACCCGCACCGCCAGCUGGACAGCGAGGAGGGCGACAACCCCCAGCGGCAGCGCAUCAAACGCAUCCUCCAGAACAUGGAUCAGUGGACCAUGAGGCAGUCCUGCCUUGAGCUGCAACUCAUGAUCAAGCAAAGCACAAACAACGAACUCUACUCCCUGCUGGAGAACAUCGCCAAGGCAACCAUCGAGGUGUUCCAGAAGUCGGCGGAGAUGAACUCCAGUAACCUCUCAGGGAACGGCUCGGCCUCCGCGGGCAGCUCCGUCUCCAACAGCAACAACACCAGCAAGCUCAAACCCGUCCUCAGUUCGUCUGAGCGAUCAGGUGUGUGGCUGGUGGCGCCCCUGAUAGCCAAGCUGCCCACGUCGGUGCAGGGCCACGUGCUGAAGGCGGCCGGCGAGGAGCUGGAGAAGGGCCAGCACCUGGGAUCGUCCUCCCGCAAGGAGAGGGACCGGCAGAAACAGAAGAGUAUGUCUCUCCUGAGCCAGCAGCCCUUCCUGUCUCUGGUGCUGACGUGUCUGAAGGGUCAGGAUGAGCAGCGGGAGGGCCUCCUCACCUCCCUCUACAGCCAGGUGCAGCAGAUUGUCCAUAACUGGCGGGAGGACCAGUACCAGGAUGACUGCAAGGCCAAACAGAUGAUGCACGAGGCCCUGAAGCUCCGGCUCAACCUGGUGGGUGGGAUGUUUGACACGGUCCAACGGAGCACCCAGCAAACCACGGAGUGGGCGGUGCUUCUGCUGGACAUAAUCAGCAGUGGAACCGUGGACAUGCAGUCCAACAAUGAGUUGUUCACCACUGUGCUGGACAUGCUGAGUGUGCUGAUCAACGGCACACUGGCUGCUGACAUGUCCAGCAUCUCUCAGGGCAGCAUGGAGGAGAACAAAAGGGCCUACAUGAACCUGGUCAAGAAGCUCAGGAAGGAGCUAGGGGACCGGCAGUCGGAGAGCCUGGAGAAGGUGCGUCAGCUGCUGCCCCUGCCCAAGCAGACGCGCGACGUCAUCACCUGUGAACCCCAGGGCUCCCUCAUCGACACCAAAGGCAACAAGAUCGCCGGCUUCGAGAAAGAGGGCCUGCAGGUGUCCACCAAGCAGAAGAUCUCGCCGUGGGACGUGUUCGAGGGCCUCAAGCACUCGGCGCCGCUCUCCUGGGGUUGGUUCGGCACGGUGCGCGUGGACCGCAAGGUCACCAAGUUCGAGGAGCAGCAGCGGCUGCUGCUCUACCACACGCACGUCAAGCCCAAGCCGCGCAGCUACUACCUGGAGCCGCUCAACCUGCCGCCCGAGGAGGAGGAGCCGCCCACUCCCGUCCCCCAGGAGCCCGAGAAGAAGAUGGCCGAGGCGGUCAAGGCCGAGAAGAGCGUCUCGGCCGUGCCCUCGGAGCCCAAGAAGAAGUCCAAGAAGAAGAAGCCCUCGUCCACCACUAAGCCAGAGGAUUACGGUGCCCGUAACCCAGCUGUGGUCCCCUACCCUGGAGGAAUGUCUCAGGACAUGAUGGCCCAGCAGAACCCGUAUCGCAUGGGUUACAAUCCAGCCCAGAUGGGCAUGUACGCUCAGAACCAGCCCCUACCGCCAGGAGGACCUGGGCUGGAGAGCCCCUACAGGCCACGUAACAUGACCCCCAACAAGCUCAUGCCCACGCGCCCCAGCUACCCCGCUGGCAUGCAGAUGCAGGGCCCCAUGUCGGGCAUGAUGGGCAUGCAGAAGGAGCAGUUCCAGAUGGGCUACAAGCCGCAGCAGCCCAUGGGGCACAACCAGAUGCUGCGGCAGCAACUGCAGGUCAGAUUGAACCAGAUGCAAAUCAGACAGAUGAAUUCCAAUCCACAAUAUUCAUCAAUGCAGCCAACACAGAAUAUCUCCCAGGGCUACACCACUUACAUGACCGGAAUGCAGUCGCAUCCCUCGCAGCCGGGGGGCAUAGUUCCGCCGUCGUACGGCAACCAGAAUUUCCAGGGUAACCACCCUGGCACCAACCCUGGCGUGGUGGACCCCCUGAGGCAGAUGCCGACGAGACCCAGCGGCUACGUUCAUCAGCAGGCACCGGGCUACACGCACCCCAUGCAGAACGUCCAGAGGUUCCAGCACCAACCCAUGCAGCAGUCGCAGCUCAUGCACGGGCUGAGCCACAUGGCCGGUCAGGGCGUGCACCCGUCCAUGCGGCCCAACCAGAUGCUGGAACAGCAAGCCCAGGCUCAGGCCCAAGCCCAGGCCCAGGCUCAGGCCCAGCAACAGGCAGCGCAGCAACAGCAGGCGCAGCAGCAGCAAGUGCAGCAGCAGCAGCAGCAGCAAGUGCAGCAGCAGCAGUUCCUGCGGCAGCAGGCGCAACAGCAGCAGGUCCAGCAGCAGGUCCAGCAGCAGCAGGUGCAGCCCCAGCAAGUCCAGCAGCAGCAGCAGCAGCAGCAGGUGCAAGCGCAGCAGGUCCCCACAGCGCAGCCGCCCGCGCCCACACAGAACCAGACACUGAUGCAGCCGCUGCCCCCACAACAGCCCAUCUUUCCCCGGCAGGGUAUGCAGCAGACUCAGCAACAGCAACAGACAGCAGCCCUGGUCAGACAGCUCCAGCAGCAGCUCUCAAAUACACAACCUGGACAGAACACAGCCCCCUAUUAUUGAGAGAAAACAAGACUGUGUGUGUGUGGUAGCGAGAGCGACAAGAGACGGCGAGAGUGUGUGUAUGUAUUACUGUCAAGGAAGGAGAGGUGCACAUGUGGAUAUGGAUGAAUGCCCAGCCCAGCCCAGCCCAGCCCAGCCCAGCCCAGCCCAGCCGGACACUUUGCAGUGGCAGAUUGCUGAGCGUGAGCCCAUGCAGACAGCGGACAUUUUAAGGGGGUGAGGGGUGGGGGUGUCAGCCGGUGGUUUACUGAAUGCUAAAAUGACCUGUAGCCUGUGUACAGGGCUCAAAUAUGGGCCGAAAUCACGCCGACUUCACAUCAGACAUGUAAUUAUGAUCUGCAGGGAAGGCACUCUGCUGUGAAAUAGUGAUCAUGGAGUAUACAAUGGAAAGAGUUUAUGUAAAAAAGAAGUGCAAGAAAUUAUAAGAAUAAUGCAAUUUUUAUUUUAUUUCAAUUUGUACAAUUUUUUCAGUUUGGUGUAUUUCUCAUUAAAAAAAAUCAUGUCUGUU